UCCCGGCCAGUGUCUCUGCUUCCGGCUCGAGUUCUCUCUCCUCACACGCUUCGCCAUGUCCGAGACCGCGCCUGCUGCGCCCGCCGCACCGGCCCCCGCCGAGAAGACACCCGUCAAGAAGAAGGCCCGCAAGUCCGCUGGUGGCGCGAAGCGCAAAACCUCCGGACCCCCGGUGUCCGAGCUCAUCACCAAGGCUGUGGCCGCCUCCAAGGAGCGCAGCGGCGUGUCCCUGGCCGCGCUCAAGAAGGCGCUGGCGGCCGCGGGCUACGAUGUGGAGAAGAACAACAGCCGCAUCAAGCUCGGGUUGAAGAGCCUGGUGAGCAAGGGUACCCUGGUGCAGACCAAGGGCACCGGCGCCUCCGGCUCCUUCAAACUCAACAAGAAGGCGGCUUCCGGUGAGGCUAAGCCCAAAGCAAAAAGGGCAGGCGCGGCCAAGGCGAAGAAGCCUGUGGGCGCAGCCAAGAAGCCCAAGAAGGCUGCGGGAACAGCCACCCCCAAGAAGAGCACCAAGAAGACUCCAAAGAAAGCAAAGAAGCCAGCUGCAGCUGCAGGAGCCAAAAAAGCUAAGAGCCCGAAGAAGGCAAAGGCAACCAAGGCUAAGAAGGCGCCCAAGAGCCCUGCCAAGGCGAAAACGGUAAAGCCCAAAGCGGCGAAACCAAAAACCUCCAAGCCUAAGGCAGCUAAGCCAAAGAAAACCGCAGCCAAGAAAAAGUAAAUUUUCUUUGGCCAACUGCUUAGAAGCCCAACAACCCAAAGGCUCUUUUCAGAGCCACCCCACAACUCUCAGUGAAAGAGCUGUUGCACAUUCACAGGGGGCGUGGUUAGGGUGGGAGCACAACCUAGUGGGCUGAGCUUCGCAGAGGAGCCUGGGGAUAUGUGGGUGUGCGCAGUGGCAUUAACUCUAGCAUAGCUAUCUGAAGGCAAGUUAAUAGAUUUGAAGUCUCGUAUGUGUGUGGUGUGGAUGAAGGUAUGCCAAGCCCACAAGUAACCCUUAAGAGACAAUAGGAAUGAAAUAGUUUACUCAUGAAUGCUACGACGAUGUGCAGCUAACUUUAAGGGAGAUAGCAGAAUUUAGAGAUAGGAUCUUAAGCAUUGACCGAUUCAGUGCGGGAUGAGCUGGAUCAAUGUCCAUCUCACCUCGCUUCUGAUUGCAUAGUCAAGCAUGCAAACUCAACCAGAGUAUUUUUUUUUCUGUUAUUUCCCUAUGUUGCGAUCGUGCUUAAAUAGGUUAGCUAUAGCAGAUUUGAGCAGUUUAAUUCGUACGUCCCGAUUGGUGAAAGCGAAGGGACAAGACAGCCAAUGAGACAGUAGACCUUUAAGUGUCGUUUACGUCCCUGUUCGUGACGAAACACUAAAACUAACCCAAUCCUGAAGGAAAUCUUAUUAACCUCAUUUGAAUACUGCGUAAUGUAAAUGAUUGUGGUGUAAAUGGUGACGGGGUAGUUAUUUUACCAAAUGUUUAUUUAGUGUACCCGUGGGAGGGAGUUAAAUUUUGCACAAUGUCUGAGCUGGCGAAGUCCGAGCCUGCCCCAUAGAAGGAUUCUUAAAGCUGCCAUCAACAAACAGAAGGAUGGCAAGGAGCGCAAACGCUGCUGAAAGGAGAGCUUCUAGCUAGUGUACAAUGUGCUGAAGCAGGUGAGCCCCGACAUGAGCAUCUGAUCCAAGGCCAUGGGCGUCAGUUAUUUUAAAGAGCAUUGCCUGCGUUGUGCCUCAUUACAAUAAGCGCAUAACCGUCAUAUCUCAGUUGAUCCGGACUGCCAUUCUCCUGCAUUGCCCAGGAAGCUGGCCAAGCACCAAGCCUGUUACCAAGUAAACAAACCAAGUAACCAUUUUCACGAGUGAUUUCAAGGACUUUAAGGAGCCAGGCAUUCUUUCAACAAAUGGGUUGUCGUUGUUUCAAGUAUCCUUAAACUUAAAGCUA